AUGCAUUUCAUCCCUGAGGCCAGCAUUAGGGAGACGACUUCUCGUCCACACGUCAUCCAGAUGAGGCAUGCUGGAAGUAUGCAGCCCACGUAUAGAAGAGAUGCUGGAGUCUGGCACCAAACAAGAAGUCUACUCUACAAGAAUCUGCUCAUCAAAUGGAGGACCAAGCAACAGAGUCUUCAGGAAUUGAUCCUACCUCUGCUACUGUUGGGUCUCCUGAUACUCAUCAGCACCCUCAAUCCUCAUGUUUAUUAUGGAGGCAUCAACACUACGGAGCUGGAGCGUGACGACCACUUCCUCAAGGGUCUGGGAUACACACCAAUCACCAACAUCACUAAUCACAUCAUGGAAGAGGUGGCCCAGGAGAUGCACAUACAGGAUCGUCUGGAGAUGUUUGCUAGUGAGGAAGACCUGGAGAACGCAAGCCUGUAUGAGCCCUCCAGCUAUGUCGGUGUUGUGUUCUUGGACAGCUCUGCAACAUCUUACAAACUACGCUUCCCAUACAACCAGCUGCCACUACCCAGCGAUUACACAGAAUCUUUUGCCAACUGUUUUACCAGCUCGGUGAACUGCAGAGCAGCUAAUUACUGGUACUCUGGCUUCAUCCGUCUCCAGUCUAUGAUCGAUGCAGCCAUUAUCCAGAUGCAAACAAAGCGUUCAGUGUGGAGUGAGAUGGACCUGAAGGUAGUAAUGAUGGGUCAGCCGGGCUCUGUGGAAGUUCAGAAAUUCCCCCACGCUCUCAUCUCCAUCUACCUGGUCCUGGCUUUCACACCCUUCGUCACCUUCCUCAUUGUCAACGUGGCAGCUGAGAAGGAACAUCGCCUCAAAGACACCAUGACCAUGAUGGGGCUCUACGACACUGCUUUUUGGUUGUCAUGGGGCCUCCUGUAUGCUGCUCUGGUGACCACCAUGUCCUUCCUGAUGUCCAUUAUCGCUACGUACACAGCUCUGUUCCCUAACAGUGACUUCUUUGUCAUCUUCUUGCUCAUCUUCCUCUAUGGCAUAUCAUCAAUCUUUUUCUCCUUCAUGCUGACUCCGUUAUUUAAGAAGCCCAAGUUUGCCAGCACAGUGGGCUCCAUGCUGACGGUGGUGUUUGGUUGCCUGUCACUGUUCACUGUGCUGAUGAAGGACUUCCCACAGCCACUGGUCUGGCUUCUCUGCCUUCUCUCUCCCAGCGCCUUCUCAAUUGGGAUUGCACAGGUUGUUUACCUGGAGGCCCAGGGAGAUGGUGCUGUGUUUUCCUCCCUCGCCAACGGCCCCCAUCCUCUUUACGUGCCCCUGCUCAUGCUGGUUGUGGACUGCAUCCUCUACCUUUUGUUGGCUAUCUACCUGGACCAGGUACUGCCUGGUGAGUUUGGAAUGAAGAGGUCCCUGGUAUACUUCCUGAAGCCGUCCUAUUGGUCCAAACGCAGGAAGCGCUAUGUUGAAGUGAGCUCAGUAUAUGACACAGAGGUGAAAGGCACACCUGGCGGGGACGAGUCUGUCGAGCCUGUUUCACCGGAGUUCAGAGGGAAAGAAGCCAUCCGCAUCAGUAACAUCCAAAAAGUGUACAAAGAGAAGGACAAUGUGGUGGAGGCUCUGAGAGGUUUGACGUUUGACAUCUAUGAGGGCCAGAUCACGGCUCUGCUGGGACACAGCGGGGCAGGCAAGUCGACUCUCAUGAACAUCCUGUGUGGCAUCUGCCCGCCCACUAACGGCUCGGCUACCAUCUACGGCUCCCCUGUAGCAGAGAUUGCAGAUGCGUCAGAAAUGAAGCAGCUGGUGGGAAUUUGCCCCCAGUUCAACAUCAUCUUUGACGUGCUCACUGUGGAAGAGCACCUGAGGAUAUUUGCUGCCAUUAAAGGAAUCCCACCGGGGGACAUCAAUGCUGAGGUUACCAAAGUGCUAAAGGAUCUGGACUUGGAGAAGAUCAUGACUGCUCAGGCCAAGAAUCUGAGUGGAGGCCAAAAGAGGAAACUCUCUGUGGGCAUUGCCAUUCUUGGAGAUCCUAAGAUCCUGCUCUUGGACGAGCCCACAGCAGGCAUGGACCCCUGCUCCAGACACCAGGUCUGGUCGCUGCUGAAGAGCCGCAGAGCCGGCAGAGUCACUGUCCUCAGCACACACUACAUGGACGAGGCUGACAUUCUUGCUGACCGUAAAGCUGUAAUCUCUCAAGGACAGCUGAAAUGUGUUGGCUCUUCUCUGUAUCUCAAGAUCAAGUGUGGUGUUGGAUAUCAUCUCAGAAUGUCUAUCAACGAGAGAUGUGAAGCUGAAAAGAUCACAUCAUUGGUCAAGCAGCAUGUUCCCAAGGCAAAGUUGUCCCGACAACAUGAGGCAGAGUUAACAUUCACUCUGCCUUUUGAGAGCAUGGACACAUUCCCAGGCUUGUUCUCUGAGCUUGACUGUCAACCCAAUCUGGGAAUUAUCAAUUAUGGGGUUUCCAUGACAACACUGGAGGAUGUUUUUCUUCGUUUGGAGGCUGAGGCGGAAGUGGACCAAGCUGACUACAGUGUGUUUAAUCGGGAGCAGACAGAGGAUGACAGUGACAACGUCUCUCUGGACGAUACAGACCAGCGGCUGCUGACAUUCUCAGACAACAAGUCAGAUGUGGUGUCGGGUCACGCUCUGUGGCGGCAGCAGUUCAGCACCGUGGCCUGGCUGCACAUGCUCAACAUGCGCAGAGAGAGAAAGGCCUUUGUUUACACUUUGGCCCUGUUCCUGGUGUUUGUUGCUGCAGUGCUUGUGCUAUCUCUGGCCACAGGAAACAUCCAGAUUCACUCCCCAGACCGUCAGUUUCUGCCCAUUUACCUCCUCAAAAGGAACCAGGCGCCCCGGAGAUACACUACCAGCCUCCUGAUUCAAAACUCCUCAGGCUCUGAUAUUUCUGACUUCGUCCACAACCUGGAGUCUCAGAACAUCAAAGUGGAAAUGAUGAAACAUAGCGACUACAUGGCCACAGCUCCCCACAGCGCUGCCAUCAACGUAACAGGAUCCAGCAAGGGUUUCAGAUACAGCGUUGCAUUCAACAGCACCACAGUUCACUCUUUGCCUAUGGCUGUCAAUGUACUAAGCAAUGCUCUUCUUAGAGGUCUUAAUGGUACUGGACAGAUCCGAACCUGGACCAAACCGUUUGAUUAUCAAAUCCCAGACGCUACAUCCUAUGCUCUGGUGUACAUAGAGGCCAUCAUACUGGGAAUGCUGGCAGCUGGAAUGCCUGCGUAUUUUGCAAUGGACCACACUCGAGAUCGAGAGAUCAAGUGUCGCUCUACGCUGCGUAUCUCUGGUUUGGUUCCAUCAGCCUACUGGUGCGGUCAGGCAGCUGUGGACAUUCCCUUCUACUACCUCAUCCUCUCCUGCAUGACCAUCAUCCUCUUCUCCUUUCACACUGGAAACCUGCUCACCUCCAGCAACCUCACCGCUGUGGUCCUGUGUACCGUUGGCUAUGGUCCAGCCAUGAUCCUCUUCACUUACGUUUUUUCUUUUGGCUUUGCCCGAGUCCAGAGCAACAGGGAUUUCUUCUCUGUCAUCUCCAUGAUGGUGUGUGUUGUGUCAGCCUCGCUGGUUCAGUUGUCGGAAAACCCUGGACUGACCAGAAACCUUCACAACGCCUUGUGUUUCUUCAACCCUCUGUACCCACUCAUGGGCUGCCUCAACUGCAUCACCAAGGCGACCUUCCUCCCCUCUCAGUAUGAAGAGAACUUCUUGUGGAAAAAUCUGCUCAUUGCGGUUGUAGCUCCCUAUCUCCAGUGCAUCCUGCUGCUUUUCCUGCUUCGUUGGCUGGAGCUCCAUUACGGAGGGAGGACGAUGAAAAACGAUCAGUUCUGCAGGAUCUCAUCCAAGUCACAGCCCAAAGUGGAGAGGAACCCAGAAGAAGGUCUGAACGAGGAUGAGGAUGUUCAGAUGGAGAAAGCCAGAGUGAAGGAGGCUCUUACCUGCCAGUCCUGUGAGGAGAAACCGGUGGUGGUUGUGAGUAACCUGAGAAAGCAGCACAAGGGCAGAAGAGAAGGUUUUUCUUUGAACAAGACGAGGAAAGUGGCCACAAAAAACAUCUCUUUCUGCGUUCGCAAAGGUGAAGUUCUUGGACUGUUGGGUCCCAACGGAGCAGGAAAGAGCACCAUCAUGCAUAUGUUGUCAGGUGACACUGACCCCACUGCAGGCCAGGUGCUGAUGGGGGACUAUAGUACAGAGUUUCGUCAAAUGGACAACCCGUUGGAACAUGUGGGCUACUGUCCACAGGUGAACCCUCUGUGGCCCAGGAUCACUCUGCAGGAGCACCUGGAGAUCUACGCCGCCAUCAAGGGCCUGAGAGGACAGGAUGUACCAGGUAUCAUCAGACGUGUGGUGAACGCUCUGGAGCUCAAGGACCACUUGAACAAACAAGCCAAGAACCUGUCAGCAGGACUCAAGAGGAAGUUGUGCUUUGCCUUGAGUAUGAUUGGGAAUCCUCAGAUUGUUUUACUGGAUGAGCCGUCAUCAGGAAUGGACCCCAAGUCUAAACAGCGCAUGUGGAGGGCCAUUCGUGCUGCUUUCAAGAAUCGUCAGCGGGGAGCCGUCCUCACCACGCACUACAUGGAGGAGGCGGAGGCCGUGUGUGACCGUGUAGCUAUCAUGGUGUCGGGCCAGCUGAGAUGUAUCGGCUCCAUCCAGCAUUUAAAGGGCAAAUACGGUCGAGGCUACAGUUUGGAGGUUAAACUCAGAGAGGAGCUGACGGGGCUACAGCAGGUGGCGCUGUUGCACAAAGAGAUCCUCCGAAUCUUCCCUCACGCUGCCCGGCAGGAGAGCUUUGCUACUCUGAUGGUUUACAAGAUCCCCAUGGAGGAUGUCAAAUCACUGUCCAAGUCUUUCUCUAAGUUAGAGAGUGCCAAGCAAACCUUCAACUUUGAAGAGUACAACUUCUCCCAGUCGACCUUAGAGCAGGUGUUCAUGGAGUUUGCCAAGGAGCAGGAGAACGAGCAGGACGAGGUCGGCUCCCUCAGCACGACCUUCCAGUGGCAGCGUCUGCGCCAGGACGGCCCGGUUUCCGUCAACCACACAGACAGCAUCGUGCACCAGCUUUGAGCUCCAGCUGAGAGGGAGCAGGCCGGUGACUGACCAGGACUGACCCAUCCCAACCUGCCAGGCUUCGAUGCCUUGAGGGCUCACGCCAGCACUCGCCCGCUCCACGCAAAAACCGACGUACACCGCCCCUUAAAUGAACGGACAGUCCUGGGUGGGGGGGGCUCACAUACACUGGACUGUGUGUGUGUUCAGGCUCAGGGCUGUUCAUGGCCCCUCUCUCUGGGUCUGAGGCGUGCGUGUGUGUAACCCUCGUCCACUGGUGCUCUGUGUUUUCUGAAUCGCACUGACCGAGGGGCGGUCUUUCUCGACACGCCGAUGCGACACCUACUCCUCUUUCUAACGGUGUUUUUUUAUCUUCACAGGGAGUCAGUAAAAGGAAAAACAAUAUCUAUAUAAAUAAAUAUAAUAUUUAUGCUUUGUAAUCCUCUCCAUCCGCUCUCCUUUGAGGGAGGCGUUACAGUAAACGUGUUUGCUCGUCUCUUCAGAUGUUUUCGUCUCUUGUGUUUGUGAAACACUUUUUUAAGCACAACCAGAACUGGGAUCCAUCCACGAUCGUACCAAAGCUCAUCUCUGAACCACACACAACCUCCUCACACAGUGAAACUGAGACCUACUUUUUGUUUUUGUGUCGGUUGCAUGUGCAUAAAUAGUUUGCGUAAUAGUUCUGUAAGUGAUGUGGGGAAGUGGGAGGAGGCAACGUCCAAAGGCCCAGCUGAUAAAACGCUGGAGAGACGCUACGGUUCUCCACAGAGUCUUUAGACCUUUACAGCGCCCCCUACUUUACAAACAAGUGUUUUCUUUUUCCUCUGAUGUUCAAGACCAGAGUCUCUCCUCCUUUAUUUGACACCAGCAUGCACAUCUUAACGCCCAGAGCCGCAUUUAAACGCCACGUUCUCCAGGAGUGUUUCAGCAUGCACGCUCUCGAGGAGCUCGACUUUAUUAUAAAUGUGGCCGACGGAUGUUGGGAUGAGGGUGUUUUGUUCUUUUUGCCCUGUGGCCUUCCUCUCUGUAGGGUUAGCUUUGAAUAGAACCCAUAGCUUUGGGAAUGUAGUGUAGAAUAUGCACACCAGUACAUGUAGCACACUGCCGUCGUCAGACAUUAGCCAGGGCCCGAUGGAGUUCAGAUCCAGGUGGUGUUUGUUGAAUCUGAGCCCGGUGUGUGUGUGUGAGGAUUUCCGAUAACAGAUUUUGAAUGUACGUUGUGGCCUCGGGUGAGAAGGGGGGGGGGGGACAGCAGUGACCGUGCCACUUUUACUCACACAGCUGUUUUGUUAACCCUGUUUGGUGUGUGUGUAUGUGUGUGUGUGUGUGUGUUUACUGUGUUGUAAAUACUGUGUGUUGCCUCAUACUCUCGGAUUUGUACCAGCGGGUGCGGUGUUCCCUAUCAGCAAACCGAUAAAUUGUAAUUUUUUCUUGACAUUCAGGUGAGAGUGAUUCAGUGGCAGGGAUUUAAAGGGACAGUUCACCAGACUGUUGAGUUUUACUGUGUUAACGAUCAUGAACGGACCUGGAGGGGGAGAUUUGUCUACAACUGAGCCGCUUCCUCAGUAGAUCCUUCACAGUUUUAGGCUUUCGGCUGCUGCUCGGUUCAAGGGGGUGGACAAAAAAACAGGAACAGCUGACGGCAGCAACACAAACUCUGGCCUCAAAACUCAACAUUAUAAUCUUCACAGAGGAAGUGCCCGCUGCAGGGGGAUUGUACUGGAUUGAAUCACAGACGGGUGUUUUUUCCACCACUGUAACAGAAUAUCUCCUCAUGAGUUUUAUGGAAGUUUGAGUCAUAGAACAGCCGCUGAGCAGAAGAUGAGUUUUAAAGAUAACCUAAGGUUUUUGAUAUGAAUUAUAGAUACUUAUUUGAAUAAGAUAUCUGAGCUCCAUCGUGUGUCUAACUCUCAGAUUCUUGGCACAGAUGCUUUGUGGUGGGAGUAGCUGAUCUGUUGCAGACUUUAUUUGCUGUUUUUACCUACUCUGUCGUCAUUAAUGAAGUUGAGUAAGAGCUGGUUUAUAACUAUCAGUCAUUUAUGAAAUCUAUGUGUGUGAGGGGGAAGAGGAGUGAAGCCAACUGACUUUCCAAACAUGAGACCACAUUUCAUACACUAAAGAUUCAAAUAUGCUAAACUUGAGGAACUUGAGACCGAUGCCUUAGGUUCAGUCCAUGCACUAUCCUUUUAAAUGUGAAAACUUUAUUUAAAAGCUAUUAAUGUUUAUUUUUUUGCACACAUGUAGCCUUGUUCCCUCUCAUAGGGGACACAAUAAAACCCUGGCUCUGUUAAGUUUAACGUGUGGCGAGGAUGGAUGGUUCUUGGGAUGUCGUACACACAUUUUAUAUUUGUUUUCCUAAGUGCAAUGUAGGGUAUUUGUUCCCAAAAGCAAACAUUCUUUGAAUUUUAUCGUAACAUUCGUGUGUGUUCUGUGCUGUUUAACCGUCAGUUUCAGUGUCAUGUAGCCACCCAAGUAACAUCAGCUUUGUUUGCACUUCUCUGCGUCCUGAACAAAAAGCAUCACAUCCAGUUGGAAGUUGACACAAAGAAAACCAAACUACUCUUGGGCUCUGUGGAAAGUGGAGCGAUUGGCAUCGAAGGUGGAGCAGGUUUUGUUUUAUUUUCCUGGUGGUGGUAAAAUUGCACUAUUUCUGGGAAGUUUUAUAACCUUUCUUUAUAUUAUGCAAUCUUUGUAAGAUUAUCUGUGCACUGAUUUUAUUUUUUAAAGACUUGUGGUUUAGUUGUGUGCUGUAUUUUCCUUCUGUAUCGCCCGCAUGUCUGGAUGGACACUCGUCAUUAAUGAACUCUACGACCUUUUCAUGAAUAAAUGUUAAUCCAAA